UAUUACACCACGCGCGCGUCAGUCGAUCCUCAACCAUGGAGUACCUAAUGCUGUUCCUGCCGUUCUUGAUGCUAUGCAUCCUCUACACUGUCACCUGCACCAUUCUGCACUGCUGCGAGAUGUUCAGGCAAAAGACGCGGAGUACGCAGCAGAGGCGAAUGUAUGCAGGCAACCGGGCGCGGCAGCUGUCCAUGCAGGGCGAGCCCACCAUCUACGUCAGCCCGGCCAACCUGCCGCCUCCUCCCAAAUAUGAAGCCAUGGCGCCGCCAAGCUACGACGAGGUCAUGGGCAUCCAGUACCCUGGCUAUCAAUCAGGCCAGCAGCCCAUCACACAGCCAAUCACCCACGCCAUGGCCCAUGGCUCGUCCACAGACAUACCCGGAGUCCACACCGUCAACACCACGAAUACCCCAAGAAGUAAUGAGAUAGCAACCGAUGCGCCCGCGGUCGUUACGGUCACGAACGAACAGAGAAGGACAUCGAUAGCUGUUAGAGCGUGAUAGUGCUACAGCGGGUUCACACGUUUGCCUCAACAUUUUCGUAUGCUACCCACACUUUUUAGUAUACGAAAACGACGGUACUACCGAAUCGGAUAACUUAAAAAUGUAUUGUGAAUACGUUUUUUUGUCAUAAAGUGAAUUCGAUUCGGUAAAACCGGAAUAGUGUGAACGUGCUGUUAUAAUAACGUUAUUUUAAGUCUUCCAAUAGUGUUGAUAACGUUACACGUUACCUAGUCGUGAACUGCUUUUGUGAUACAUUCCUAAAUACAACACUACCGUUACUGUUAUUUGGUAAUAGUUAUACAGCCAUAUUAUUAAUAAAAAUGCAUUUUUCUUGUAUAAAUUAAUGGGAUAAAGUAGAAAAAUCAUAUGUUGUGAACAAUGAGAUCUACGUUAUAAAAAUGUUACUACGGUACAUUGAAAACAAAGCAGUAUUUAUUUUUUUACCUCAUAUAAUCCGUCUUUAAAAGGACGCAAGACUGAUUAUUAUGGUUUGGUAAAGAGUGUAUGGUAUUUAAAAAUAACAAUCGAACAAUACGAAGGCGUAUUGAAGUCAGCCACUGGUGGCUACCUGUGUAUAUUUUGUAUAAAGUUAUAGGUAUUCAAUUAUAUUUUAUUAUUUGUUAAGUAAAA